AUGCAGUCGCUACUGACUCUGUGUGCUGUGCCGGUUACCCGACACCAGAAACUGGCAUGUCGGGCUCUGGCCUCCCUGCCUUGGGAGCUGUACCCAGCCUUAUUCCAGGCCGCUUUAAUGUAUGACAGAAUGCAGGUGCUGAAGCUACUGGUGCAGACGUGGCCCUUCCCGCACCUCAGCUUCCUGCAGCUGCUGGAGUACUGGCCCCACAAGCAAUCCAUGAUGCUGAUGCUGCUUGCCACGCUGCGCAGGGAAUCUAGCAGCAGGAGGCCUCAGCUUCGAGUGAUGGACAUGACUGGCUUCCUGGAUGCCAGCUGCAGGCAGGACCCCACAACUAUGAGAAUGUGGACUUGCUUAGUGGCAAGCAGCUGUGUCAAUGCCAUGACUAGGGCCAGAGCAGCUCAACGCUUGGCCAAGCACCAAAAGUUGGAUCCUCAGGUCCCUGUCGCUAGUCCUGUGGAAGUGUACACUGACCUGCUGGUGAACCAAAGUUCUUACAGUUUCCUGAAAGAGGCUCUCCAGACCAUCACUUGUGGCCCCCUUCGCCUUUGCUGCAGGGACCUUUGGACUGAGGAACUGUCGGGUCCUAUGACUGUAGCUCACUUGAAGCUGCUGGACCCAGUGUAUCUGCGCCAGGUGGACCUUCACUUCAACAACCUGGGACUCUCAAGCCUGUGUACUGUCGUGUCCCACGUGGCCAAGUUCACCCACCUGUUGAGCCUGAAGCUACAAUACAGCAAUGUGGAUGUGCGGAGGCUCACAGCUGAGGCAGAAGGCAACUUCCAACUCUUUGUUUCUGCAAUUGGCCAGCUGAGGAGCCUCAAGGAACUCAACAUGGGUUCCUCUCGACUCUCAGGCUGCCUUCAUCAGCUCCUUAGCAGUCUACAGGGCCCUCUGGAAAGCCUGGAACUUCCCUUCUGUGCCCUUCUCUCUGGGGACUUGAGUUACUUGGCCCAGAGCCCCCAUGCCACCCAUCUCAAGAAGCUGGACCUCAGUGGCAACAAACUAUCUGGUGACCUCCUGUCACCUUUUCAGAGACUACUGAGGGAAGCCUCAGCCUCCCUGCUUUGUCUGGAUGUUACAGAGUGCCAGCUCAUGGAUGUCAACCUUGUUAGUACCUUGCCUAACCUAUGCUGCUGUACCCAUCUCCGCUACCUUGGUCUCUGUCGUAACCCUCUUGCUAGUACCGGAGUGAAGAACUUAAUCGAACACUCACUGGCAUUGCCUGAGCUCCAGGUGGUUGUUCACCCAGUCCCUGUGGAUUGCUACAGGGACCUGCCAUGGCCACCCUCUUCAGCCCAUCUCCUAGAGGGUACUGUGGAUGAAGAGAGGCUUGCCAGUGUGCAAGCUGAGCUGCAGCAGUUGCUACAGGCCAGACGGCACCACAAUGUGCUAUGGACCAUGGAUAAGUACAGUCACAACACUUUUGACUACUUCAGCCUGUAG